AUGGUAUGUUCAUCGCCAAAAGUAUUUGGGCCCGAGUAUUCCUUUGCACCUAGCAAAACUAAUAAAUCUCUACGAACGUAUAAUCAAUGCUUUGUUUCUUGUUAUGCCGUGGUGUUUGCACGUGGCCUCUUCGGGAUGUGAAAGUAUUUACGAGCAUUCCUAUAGGAAUGCUUGUAAAAUACUUCCACACCUGCAUCCCCUGAGUUUGAUAGCAGACCUAUUGCACGCGUUAGCAAUAGUCUUCGAAUUUAAAUUGACACAACGGAAAUCAGCUUACUACGUGCUUACAACAGUUCGAUGGACAAAAGGAAACAAAUGUCCUCCCUUUGCUAAGACAGUCUCAGUUGACCAUGAAAACAAAUGAAGGAGACUGUCUUAGCAAAGGGAGGACACUUGUUUCCUUUUGUCCAUCGAACUUUUGUAAACACGUAUCAAGUUGAUUUCCGUUAUGUCAAUAUAAAUGCGAAGACUAUUGAUAGCGCUAGCAAUAGCUUUGCUAGCAUGCUCAGGGGAUGUCGGUGUGAAAGUUUUUGCCUCAUCAGCCAUAGGUUGCGAUAGGCGUCCUACGCGGAUAAGGAAGAUAUGACACCUGAGUCAGAUUACAGGUGACCACUUGUAUUAUUGACGUGCCUGUUAGGCCACAAAAUUCUGAUCCGUCAACUCUAAUCGACCAUUGCACGAAAUUGUAUUUGCGUAACGCCGACGGGCUCAACUUUUUUGAAAAAAUGAGGUGUGUAAGAACCUUAGCUUGAUUUUUCCUUUUCGUCAAUUAAAAUAGUGUUGUUUUUCGAGCAACUGCCAUUAUCGUUCGAAUCAGUCUGUCUCUUCAGUUUAUUAUUUUUUCCCAUAAUUAUGCGUUCUGUGCUACUGAUCCACCAACUUGUUCUUUUUCGGUAUCUCUCGGAGGCUGCGGUUAUGACUUACAUAGUUCUUUGCGGAUAGUUCCCAGCAUAAAUCGCCCGAUAAAAGAGAUGUUGGUCUCAAACUCCUAGGAGGCCUGAAAUGAUAAGGUGAAGGCUUGUUAAAAGUCACUUUUGAAUGACUUGCGCUAGGCGCAUUCUUAAUGGCCUUUUAUAGUUCUUGUGGCAUGUGAGUUUUAGUUUAUUUGUACUCGUUGAUUGUUGUAUCUAUUCGUAGUUGAGUCCGCUGCGUCCUGUUUUUUUGUUCAGACAUCUAUGUAGAGUAGCUUUUAUCUCCCCAUUAGACCGCUGACCGCAUUAUGUCAGUGUUACUGUAGACCUCUGUCGACACUUUGUGCUAGCCGACGGGCUUUACUACCGAAUUUCGAUACAAUAUUGAGGAGUGAGAAAUGUCUUGGAGACCCAGACAUUUACUCGCGAAAGGCUGAAAAAUUUGCGACAGACUGUCAUCAAAUGCAUUUGCUGGAACCUUUGCCUGCUGGGAGCUCACAUCGUUAUUCUGAAAAGUCACGUGCUGUCGUGGGAUAGGUCGGCUGCAAUCAACAUCUGCAUGCUUAAAGUUUGAUGAGUGGAGACAUGUCUGAUCUAUCCUUUAUCUCCAGUGGUCCGGCGACGGACCGCAUAUUCUUGAGGAGAAAGGGCGGCUGCUGCCACCGUUACCCAAUUUUUUUUAAGUCGGACGCGAUCGAUUUUUAGUGCUGCCUACUACGCACUGAGCUUGACACAGCGAUUUAUGCUCUCAUUUCCGGAGUUCUGAGCCUCAUCGAAAUUGCAGCUGCUUGCUAAGGACUCUGCAAACACUGCGACCUUCGAAUCGAGUCAUCGACUAUUUUGCUGUAAAUGCAUAAGACGAACAACAGCUGGCUGUUCAUGCUCUGUGAGACGAGUCGGAAGGAAUCGAUCUAAAAGGCCAACUGACACAUGGGAUGGAGAAAUAACGUCGGCCUACCGAUACCUUGAAGUUAUAUCCUCGAUCCACGGCUACUUUGUUUACGUAGACAUUAAGACCUGCGGUCAACGUAGAUACAGAAAAUCCCUUGGUGUUGGUAAAUUGCCUUGGAGAGUUUUGUUGGAUAUCAAACUUUGUUUACAUGGCAAGAGGCAGAAUUUACGAGGGAUCAGUGUUUUGACUUGAAGGUAGUAUACUGGACAAUUAUGGGCUUCUAGGCGGUGAAUUGGGCGGAUUUGUACUGGACAAAAAGGUAUGCGCGAGAGCGAAAAUCAGAAAAGCCGGUGAUAGGUAAAUCGGUGAUUAUCCAUUCGCCGAUCUUAGGCGAAUUAUCUAUUGGAUUAGUGUGUCCGCGUAAAAUGCCUGUCAAAGUUUCGGUUUUGUGAAGUAUAUAACAAUUUUUCAGAGUGGCGAACACUUGGGUCACCUCUACUCUUCGUCUGCUUGUUGGCAUCUAGCCCCAUCUACUGCAAUAAUAGUGCGGCGGCUGUGAAGUGACAGAAAUACCGGCUCCCGUUGAGCGAAAACAAAAAAGCGGUUUUCUACAAUGGAGUAAAUGACGGCUGUGACAAAAAAAAUCAGACAGGUAAACCCAAAUAAGCAUAUAAACCGAGAGAGAAAGAAAAGGUUCAAUGUUAAGAUACUUCACAUGCAGUUCGCGCUCAUCUAUCCAGAUUAAAUAACAACUGCCCAUGUAUAGACGCCAGAUAUUUCGGUUCGAGUAAUAGUCCAUUCGGAAGAAUUCCCGCUGUACUGCUUCAACACGCAUUUUCGACUAAGUCAAUAACUAAGCCAGUCAAAUGCCUGUCUCAUCAAAUAACCUUUUGAAAAGCAAAUUCAGUCUUUUCACACUCUACAAGCAUCUAUUAGAAAAGGGAAUUAUUUUACAGGCUAAGUGCUCUCAGGUAACCGUAGAAAAUAAACCCUUCUAGUGGUGCCAUUGCACGCACAGGCUUUACCUCGGCCAAAACAACUUAACGGUGACUGGCAUACUUUCACUUGGAUAGUAGUUUGCUGUUUGCCAUCCAAGGAAAAUGGGACGAAAGAGCUAGCUCCAUCAUGUAACCACAUCAGACCGAUGAAUGUCACUCUCAUUUAGUACGAGUGGUCUGCAUCAUAGACGAUCUAAUUGGAUUGGUGUCUCAGCCGUUUACUGGGAUAUUUACUUCGAGCUUUCAUGUCUUGUGGAUACAUAGUGGCAGCUUGACGUCGCACAAUAGAAGCCAAUUUUUCAAAUUCACCAUGCUAAUUCUUGAAUCCCUUUAGUUUUGCGUGCAUUUUUGUAAUAUUUUAGAUGUGUUUUACGGUCAGAAUAGCAAAUUACAGAUGCACGGAGAUGAGCGCAUUGCGGAUGACAACUGAAGAGUAGAGGGAAUUGCUUUCAAGUCUAAUAUUUGUAGUUUGCGGCUUUGCAUGUAUAGACGUGCUUAUAUCAUUGCACUACUGCGAUUCCUGAUAACAUGAUUUUUAUUUCGACAUAUUUACUUAGUGAGGGCUGCAAGGUCUUUUGACGUCGACUUCAGAUAUUAUGUGGGGAAUGUCGUUUAAUUGGAGGACUCCCACCCAACAGGGGUGGUUGUCUAACAAAAUGAAUUACUCUGAUAAGCAUUAUUUAUUCUCAAACUGAAAGAUAAGAAUGGAUUACUCUCAAUGGAUUACACUCAUCAACAGAGGGGCUGUACGAAACAUUUAUUAUGUCUUACCUAUUAGUGGAACUCCCACGCCAAGUCAUUUCCCAACAUUUUAGGCGAACGAGGACAGAGUAUGUUUUCGGUCUGCUGACGAAGUUGGCAUUUGCUCCAGGCUUUUCUUCUGCUGGGUCAAUCCUGUCCUUCGCAUAACCGGAAAGCGUCCUCUGAAACAGGAUGACAUGCCCUACACGAUUCGGAGCCAUUCUUCGGAAAAAAUCACCAUGGAUCUGCAAAAGUAUGCUUUGCUUUACCUACGUUUUUGGGAAUUGGGAUGUUUGAGGUGGAUUUCAUCUUGUAACCGAUAGUGACGCAAGGGCGAGAUUUUCUACGGCGUACGCUGCAUCGCAUGUCUGCAAAAUAUCUGCUCCCUCCAAGCUACGCAUGCCGCUGCCGGCAGUUCGUAAGUACUGCAACAGUUCCCGAGGGGUGCAUCGUGUGACUUUGUUUGUGAGGGAAACGUCGGCAGCCCUACCUAACUCUCCUGCAGGUCAAGGCGAUUUCAGAUGGACGUGGAUACAGUGACUGCUCCGUUAAAAAAACCACAGCGUAUGCUUGCACAGAAACACCGGUCACCACUGCCAAUUGCAGUAAGCAUUGCCACUAAUCGUAGAUAUGAGUCCAAGCUGUGGAUCUUAGGUGCUUAAACCUUUCGGCGAAACUUACGAUGCCUGACAGAAGAUACCUUUUAGGAAAUAUUAUUCAUUCAGAUCUUACCAUAAAUUUGGGGGAAAUUUUGACUGAAAAGCCAAAGGGAGUUACAUCACGUCAAAGUAUUAUGCAACCUCGUGUCGCAUAACUCAUGAAGGUGACAGGUGAAAUUUGCUUUCAUUCGGAGAAUGCACAUGAAAGACAUUUUAAAACAGCCAAAUCUGGUUAUUAUCACAACUGACCAGGGGGGGCAUAGCAGCAAAAUGUUUGGUAUUCAAAACAUGCCGAACUUUUUCUGACGCCCAAGCCAUGUACACCGGUAUCAGAUUGACUUGUCUCUUAAAUAAUCAUGCAUUCGAUAAUUGCAUUAUAAUGCACAAUAACGGGGAAUUCUAAAAGGAGCUUGGAAGGGUGAACACAGGCUGAACAACUUUGGUCCACCUAGUCCGUUUGAAAUGCGAAUAUCUGAGAAACGUGAGGGCAGCUGCAUUGCAGGUCCACUCGUUGGUAUAAAUCAUCUUACACUUGCUUACAUUUGAAAAUAAAUUUCGUCCUUAAAUGGCAAGAAUGUGUCGAAAAACUUUGGAACUGGUUACUUCUUCAAGCUCUGUCACAGAAGAUUGUUGUGCUUUCAAGUAAAACGUUCUGACUGAUUUUUUUUGCAGAGGUUGAUUGUAGGAGGUCGACUUCUAACAAUUAUCUCUACCUUUUUGUAAUCUGUCUAUAAUCCACAUGCACGUUUCGCCCGCUAUUGGUUUAGCGGUUUGCCGGAUCCAAUAUUUUUCCAAGGUAUGAUUCAGCCACUCCCUCAGUUGGCUAUUGCCGCGAUACGGGUGCCAAAUCAGACAGGGAUUCGUGAGACUUACGCUGCGAAAUACCCUACCGGUCGAUAGAGUACAUGAAUAAACCACUAAUGUAACACAAUUAAACGGAAAUAUUCCCGAUGGGUCACACAGUUGCACCUCGGGACUGUGGUCCAGUCUAUUUUGGAGGCACCAGUCACCGAGUACACGGCGUGACCGAUCUCAUGAAUUGUUCGCCAAAAUUCUGGAUUGCGUUUCCGAUAAGGAAUACUUACUUAAGUGGGGUUGUUAUACUGAUUGUCAUGCAGCAUAACCCUAUAACGUUUCGGACUCGCGGGAUGCCGGCUUUUGAAUGCACUUCUUUUUGACCUCAUGCAGAAACCACAUUCGGUAAAAAUGACUGCUUAAGUAGCAUGCAUUUUUCCUAUUGAUUUUCGAUAGUAUUAUAAAUUCAAAUAUAUUUUAUAGAGAACAUGCACUAAAGUAUGAUUUCUUUUGUUCAUUUGGUAGGAAAUCAAAUUUUCACCACAUCUUAUGCCCGAAGAAAGUGUAUAUUUUGGCUUUAAAAAGGUUUCCAAAUUCCCGAAUAAUUUUUAGCCUGAUCUGCCAUUGCAUCAGCGGUUAGCAACUCCAGUCUACAACGUGCAUGCUUUCCGCGUAAGAAAAAUCAUAUAUUUCUCUAUGCCUUUAAGAAGAUACCACAUAGAGUUCAUGAAUUUUCACAAUGUAUCCGGUUUGUGUUGCACAUUUAAUGAGGAGCAUUAGUAAAUGGACAUGUGCGGUCUUCCACGCAUGGACAUCGCACGGUCUUGAAAAUUUCAUAAUUAGAGACUUUUGUAAAACCAAAAUAUACACUUUCUUCGGGUAUAAAAUAGGAAGACAAUGUGAUUUCUUACCAAAUGGGCAAAAGAAAGCAUAUUUGUGCAUGUUUUUUUAUGAAAUAUAUUUGAAUUUAUAAGACUUCAAAAAUCAAUAGGAAAAAUGUACGCUACUUAGGUAGUCCUUUUUUACCGAGUGUGGUUUCUGCAGGAGGUCAAAAAGAAGGACAUUCAAAAGCCGACAUCCCUUCGAGUCCGGAAUGUUAUCAGUAUAAUGGUAAUCAGUAUAACAAUCCGACUUAAGUAAUCCUUCCUGAUCGGAAACACAUUCAACAAUUUCGGCCAACAUUUCAUGAGGUCGGUCACGCACUGUAACUUGAUAUUUCGCAGAUAAAUGGAGUUUCACCAGCACAUUGCGCUGCUGCAAACUAGAAUGGUAGGAUGUAGUUAUGUAGCCGGACGAAAGCCCCAACCAAGUGGACAUUGAAGAGCACCAUUUUGCCGCAAAAAGCAUCGGCAAGGUCCCGGAAGUGGGAGAUGGGAAAGCGAUCUCGGUUGGUUACUUUGUCCAACGAACAAUAAUCAUUGUAGGCUGCAGCCGCCAGUGAUGGCCUCGCUGACUGUGUGCUGGGUAGCCGCCCAGGUUUGUAAGUGUCGGUAACAAGGACGACUAAUGGUAGAGUGAACACAAAUUGCCAUCAGAUCUCCAUUGUUCAGCGAAAUCAAUGAUUGCCAAGGUCCGAGGGGAACACGUUUUUACCAUGCUAUAUUUGAGUUAUUGUGGCAACAGUCGCAUCUAUCGCACCUUUCUAGAGUACUGACGAGAAGAGUCCAUUUCCAACACUGAGGAUUUUAUCUUACGCCACGUGCUAGACCGCAAUUUUUUAUUAGCAGUUGACUCCCGCAGAAUGGCAGGAUGAUAUGAACAAGCCAUUUUUGAAGCCUGGUUAUGCUUGGAUAAUAACUACAACAUGUAGAGCAUUCGUAGCCGGGGUCAGCAACUGCGAUCCCGGGUAAGAUGUGGUUAUGUGGCCGCACCCGAUGGACACAGUACUGUUGACCUACUUAAUUAUUUUGAGUUGGUGUGCUUACGUUGGCAUGGUGUUGCUGUGCGUUGCGGUGUGUAUUCUUUUGGCUACCUUGUUUCUUUAUUGCCGUGUCCACCUUAUUUGGCCCAAUACCUGUGGUUCUUCUUGACUUUCAGUCUGUCGUCACCUAACUUUCACGUUGGAUGUUUCAGGGUUACGGUUUAGGUCUGCGGUUAAAGGUUAGAGCUAGGGUUGGAGCUAUGGUUAUGGUUAGGGGUUACGGCAACUAUUUCCCAACCAUUUACUGUACAAUCUCGCAUUCCCAAUAGCUUUUCUUUUUGCCUACAACUGCUUGACCUCGUCAUCUGUGGGUUCCGCGACUCCAUCCGUAAAAGUGGUUGGGUUUUUCUUACUUCAGGUGCGUCUACAUAACUGCAUCUGAUUACUAGACUUUCCGCCGCAACGUCAUACAGUUGAAUCUUCGCGUCCUACUGGACUUCACAGCGAAACCACAUGCAUUUCGAAGAUCGACUAGACCUACUAUUUACAAUUUAUGUUGUAGCGGCUAUGACAUUGAAUGCGUCUUAACCACUACAAUAACUAUGACCCAAGAAGAAGAGAAAGACGCGGGUGAGCAGGGUCCUUGGCAUUGGCUUAAUUAAAUCACCCAUGUAACACGACGAUCUUUCAGUUCGUAACUAAAAGAUGUUUCCCGUAGGCUACGCAGAUCCAAAUCCGGACUGUUGUUCAUAAGUCGAAGCCGCAGUCUACUCUGGAGGCGCCGGUUGCCGAAUAUCUUGAUUUUCUGCAGAUCAUUGGAAUUUUAACAGUCCACUGCGUUGCUGAAAACUAUAGUUUCCACCGUAACCCCGUAUAGUUGAAUCCUUGCUUCCUGCUGGACUUCAGGGCAAAACUACAAGCACUUUGAAGAUCGACGGAACCAACUAUGCAGCUAUGUGGCGGCUAGGAACGUGGAUGUGUCUUAACCAAUAAAAAAAUAAUGAUUCGGUCCCGUUUUGUAGGAGAAACAGAACGGCACCAGCAGAAGUCGUCUAUUCUGUCCUGAAACUCGGCGAUGGUCGGAGCCCGCGGCAGUGGCCAACUCGGGGCCUGAGUGCCUUUCCGCUUUAGUAGGUUUGUGAGAGCUGGUUCAAGUGUCUUGGUGCCCAAGUGGCGUGUGUUGCAUAAGUCGCGGAGCGACAUGUUCAAGUGGGGCGCAUGGACGGCUGUGGCCAUCCAUGUGAGAAGGGGUGACCGCCGCUUUGACGUUCCUAGCUUUCGGUUUCAGUUAAGUAUCAAGCCCGAUCAAUUGCUUUCUGUUAACGACGUUUGCCGAACCGGACAACGCCGUCGGCGUAAUCAAGGUCAAAUGUGGUAUCUUGCUGACUUGGCUUCUCAUCUAGUCGUAAAGUAAUAUUAACGAAACAGAGUCCAAGAGGACUGUUGAGAAAACAGCCUCGUUAGUAGUCGGCGCUGACGAGGAAUUACUAGCUUUCUUCGCCGUAGAGUGACUUUGGAAUAGACCCUUAUCAGGUUAGUGGAUUUCUGGGACAUGUUAUGAUUCUCCAUGAUUCUCUAGAGGUCAGUUCUCUUUACUGACGCGAAGGCAGCAACGAAAUCGAGAAGCUAGACUAUAGUUAUCUGCGGAAGCUAAUGUCUGCCAUAGGCCUAAUCGCAGGAGGAAUAUGUCCUUGGUGCACUCUAUGUCAGAUUCGAAUCUUUGUCCGUACGUUCCUACCUAAAUAAUGUCCGCGAAAAUUUCGGCGACGUCAGUCAGCCUGAUUCUUCUGUUAUUGCAACAUUCCGUAUUUUUCUAGUCUCGAAGAACCCCAAAGAAGUUGGAGAGUGAUUAAACAGGACGACUCCAGCGCUGUGAUUCAUACUCUGACCCCAACGACCGGUUGGGCUACAGAUGUGCUAGACAAGAAUGUGAGUAAGGUUGGCUCGCAGCACCUGUUUUCGGGUCUGCGCUGCGUCCGCACGCGCUCAUAACCACUGUCUUACAUGCAUGCAAUGGAACGACUUGGACGUAGGCCUUUACACAGCGCCAUCCACUGCACUCAAUCCCAGCAAGCGUUGGUUGACAGGCUCAAGCAGUCGAUUGGUGCAUGGGAGAGGGAGCAGAAAGUGAGACCGACGCUGCUAAAUCUAUCCUCACGACAAAUCGGCGCAUUCCGCACCCUAAUACGUCUGCCGCUCCUGAACCUAUUACGACCUGUAAUAGUCUUGGCCUGAAAGGUCACAAACAGACGCGAUAACUGGGUCCUUCUCAGGAUGGCCAGUCAGACUGCAGCGACUCCUCAGUGUGGCCUUUAUCGCUUUUUCACUAGUGAAUAAUCUCGGCCGUCGCCUACAGCGGCCAUUUACAUGCAGUGGGGAUCACGUCAUGCGUGAGGCACUGGGGCAGUACGGCCCAGCGUCGCGCCAACUCCAUGGGGGACCCGGUUGGCGUCGUCGAUUGCAGCGGUAAAAAUGCCGUCGCCGUAGUAGUAGUAGCAGUAGUAGCAGCAGCCCUGUAAAAGUACUAACAGUAACAGUAAUAGUAGUAGCAGCAGCAGUAACAGUAGUAACAGUAGUAACAGUAAUAGUAGUAGUAGUAGUAGCAGCAGUAGUAGUAGUAGUAGCAGUUGUAGUAGUAGUGGUGGUGGUAGUAGUAGCAGUAGUAGUAGUCGUAGUAGUAGUAGUGGUACUGGUAGUGGUAGUGGUACUGGUAGUGGUAGUGGUACUGGUAGUGGUAGUGGUACUGGUAGUGGUACUGGUACUGGUACUGGUAGUGGUAGUGGUAGUGGUAGUAGUAGUAGUAGUAGUAGUAGUAUUAGUAGUAGUAGUAUUAGUAGUAGUAGUAGUAGUAGUAGUAGUAGUCGCCACCAUCUCUGUCGGUCACGACACCCUGUCUCAACUACUAAAAUGUCUUCGAAGGCUUUUCAUUAGUAACACCAAAGUAGCUCUUGUGUGCCUCAGAUGGCAGUCCCCUCUCACUUUGAACUCUUUCCGCCAGGGUCCUCCAAUUUCGGCAACAGACGACAGUGCACGGUCGCGGUCCUUAAAAUGGCAGUCCCCAUAGUAUCUCAGUAAACCCCGUUCAGAGAGGACCGAUUGACCUGCUCGGUAGUAUUUCCAAUGCAGUGGCGUAGAUUAGUACUUUUGGCUGAGAGUUGAAUUUUCUUCGCGAUAAUUGAGAUACGUGAUGUACGGUGAGUGGAGACCCCUGGUUUCGACAACGUGUUCUGUCUCGGUCUGCAGCUUUCGCGGGUUUCUAUGGGACGCUUCGGAGACAGAAGAAAAAUGAUGUCUAAUUAUUUCUGCCUUUAACUUUUGUUGUCAAUAAUGCAUCAAUUUUUCACGUUAGGCAAUAUCUCCUAGCAGGAAGAUGCCACACAACAAUCAAACUCAAUUGUUUAAGUACUAAAACCUAUCGGAUAUCCUCCCCUACUUGAUUCGGACAAGAAUCCGAAACGUAAGGCGAACAAAACUCCUGUCCUAGUGAUCGUGUCUCCUUCAUAGUGGGUUGAACUGUCCAGGUAUGCCGACACGGAGAGGUCCAGUUUGGGCUAUCAUCGAGGCCAUCUAGAUCAGCCACGAUGGCAGCCGUACCAGGUACGAGUGGGUAAGCGCACGGAAGAUGUCAUUUACUGGCACGAGCGACCGGGCAACUGCAAAUCUCCAGAAUACGACGCACGGGCAGUGAAGUUCCAACCUCACUUCAAUCUCGACUGAUCCAAAUCUCUCACGCAACAAUCAAAUUUAGUUGCUUAAGUGCUAAAACCCAUCGAAUAUUCUGCCCUACCCGUAAUCUAAAGGGAAGUCGGUUGUGUUGACCUCUUCAACCUUGACAUGCGUCCGCCAGUCACUCGUCCCAGUUUUUUUUAAUCAUACGACCCUAACUUUCCCCAAUAUGAAGGAGAGCUGUUGGAACAGCCCGUUUGAUCUCUGCGAGUAAACAGCGAUGCAGACGGAUCCUCUGCCCAGGCGACAGCCCAUUCCGCCUCUUUAUUGGCCGGCUCUUGUCCAAUCCGUGUGUGCGUCUGUAGGCGUUCAUAGCUAUUUGUCUACAAACCGCCGAUUUCGGUAGCGACCUCGUCACAUUUGCUUGCAGUCAGCUGUUUGUGUGGUUAGUGUACUUGGGGCUAGCAUAGCACGAAAGAUGGGGCUCCUGCCGUGCUUUCCUUUUCACACUGUUUCCCUCCUCUGAAGGUGUUUUGUCGCCUUCUUAGCCCUGCAACUCAACAACCUUCGAAGAAUGAAAGUUCCUCUUUAAAUUCCCUGCAGCCUCAAUUACUUUCUUCCACGUAUAGUAUGUGCGUGUCUCCCAUCCGCAGUUACACCCAUUUAGCCAGGAUUAAAACACUGGUGAGCAACUGUUUUACUUAAUUACUUAGCGAACCAGUCUUCAUAUGCGUUGGCAGUUAACUUCUCUCAGUUCAGUAUUCGUUCACAAGAUAUGGUUUGCAGGUGGGGAACAUGUGUUGGAUCGUUUACGAGUUCAGACGACAAAUUCGGGCGGGACGUAUUAGGGGAAAAGGUCGUAUAUGUAUUCUGAGAACUUUCGAUUACACGAGUGAUGUUAGGCACGAUUUGGGCCAUAGUAGGCGUGGAACCCGAAGUUCUUUCGUGCAAAGUUAGCCGGGUUUUCUAGUCGGCCAGCUCUCAGUUCUACUGUGGCCAGGAUGUGUCCCCUCGAUGGCUUUGAUUGGUCACCUGACGCUCAGAUAGACCGCUCUAGAAAGUUAGCGACCGCACAGUGACCAAAAUCAGUCCGAUAUGUCAGGACGGAACUGGGAACAGUCUUUGCAUUGCUUCUUUCUAGCCAACGGGGGUGUUUGCUUGUCAUGCUAUCAUGAAGAAAAUAACUAACACAUAUUAGGAAUGCAGCAGGCCCUGACAUCGACUCUGUUCUCAUAUAGUGAAGUGGCUUUAGACAAUGAGGGCGGCCAGUUUCUAUACCACUUUUCGCUGAACCAUUGUAUGGCUGUUUGAUUAAGAUAGCUGUUUACAUAUCCUGCUUUAUUUAGCAUUUGAAAAACGUCUUUAGCGAGGGCAGGGUAUGCGACCCCCCUGGAUGGUUGUCCGAAAAUCUACCCUCCUUUCUAAUUUAGUUCAUAAUGGUAUUAGCUGCCAACAGGUCGUAAAAGACUCUAUGCUAUACGCAGAUCUCGACCUUUACUAGUGUUAUUGGCGUUAAAGAGCUGCCCGUAUCAGGCGCACAGUUGAAGUUGCUUGUCCAGCUUCACUCAGUAUUUGGAAAUUCAAAGGCCAGCUGGCGAACACGUGUACGUGUUCGUGAUGCAUCCGCAUCACCCCUAGAUUGGUGCCAAGUGCCAUCGUUGUCUGUUUAUUCUCGAGACGUCUGCCUUCUGAAAGUUGACUGCCGAAUUUGUCAGUGGAAAGUGUGGUAGAAUUGCGAAAUCUUGUCUUUUUUUCAACCUCCGACUUGACCGUGCAGUCAAGCGAUGACUCAUGGAAUUGAGGUUCACUUAUUAUCUUGUGAGACUUGAUUGGAAUUUAAAUGGACAAUUUAGAAGGUAGGAGGAAUGGCCUCUGUAAAAGUCGCGUUCGCACACACGAACCUAGUCAUCAGCAAGGCUGCACAUUUGGCUAAGUCCUGGACAUUGGUAGUUUUACCUCUUGUGUAGAUCAAAUACAGUUUAAAGCAUGUUCCUUCCUACUAUCUAAGGCAUGACUUCCCGUAAGCUUGUGUUAGUGAAGACAGUUUAAGCAUUCCUGCCUACCAAGAAAGGCCACAAGGUUUCAGUGGAAGACAAGAAGUUAUGGAUAGAGCCCUGGCCGCGUCAGAACAGGACGUUAUUACCUCGCACCGGACGUCCAUUGCGUCUUAGUGGCCGAAUGAUUUCAAUGGCAUCGAGACCAUUUUUUCCUCAAUUCAGGAUUCUCUCUGCAGGUUUUUGUUUAUAGACUGUGCAAGAUGUGUUGGUAUGACUUCUGCUUAAAAAAUAAUAAACGGACGCUAUCUCUUCCUUCGAGCAACCGAUAGUAGGCUCACUUCGAUCGCGGUCUGCGACUAAACGAUGUUUUUAUUAAAACUCAACCUCUACUUGGGCAUUUAAAAGUACUAUCUGUGUUAAUAACAGGUUAGAUUUUGAACUCAAAGGAAAAAGUAUACAUACUAAUGUGGUCAGAGUGCGUUAGGCAAUUGGCAGCUGCUGCCAACACAAUCAUAAUUAGUAUCAUAAAUUAUUGGGACUCCUCUUCUGUAUGUAGCUCACCGUGUGGGUUCCAGUUAAGGACCAUGCGAACAAGUUGCGUCUCUACGUCAGAGCAGACGGGAGGCCAUAUCGACCCCUAGCAUGCUUUAGUCGAACUGCCCUGGGUCUGCGUAAGUCAACAGUUCGGCUGCCGCAAGCAAUAACAUCCACAGAGUGUACGCAAUACCGGCGACUUGCGCAUCAAUUAGUUCAUAAUGAGGCAGACGUGCGCAGCAUUCACCUUACUGUCUCCUCUCUCAAACACACCUCAUCUGAUGACAAGACAAUAGCAAGACGCAGUGACUGCCCAAAGCUGAGCAGCUCGUCUACGUGUGCCACACACGACGUGGAUCCCACUGCGGGUGCCAGGCUACGAUAUAGGCAACUCGAACUGCAUAUGCCUGGAGGAGCCACAAGGGCUAGAUUGAGAAGGACGACUGCAGUCUUACUCUCUUGCAGUCACCCCAAAAUACUCGCAUUGGGGCCUGGUUUGCCCACCCCAUCUCUGUGUCCCUGAAUCCUUGAGUGUCGUGCACGAGUCAACUGCCCGAGCCUCGCGGUCAACUACCGAUGGCACUAAACGUCGUGACUGGCAGCGGCGGCCGAACAGCCUGUCUGCAUGACUUGUUUCCACGGCAUGCACCAGACAUGCGCCUUACAUUAGCGAGAUAUACAUGCACUGAUCUGCGGCUUUUUUGCCCGCCAUACGGGCGAUUGAUAAGUGGAUCAUCCUGUUUGCUUCGGGUGAUAGGCAUGGUGGUACGCGUCUGCGUGAGUCGAUUCCGACGAUGUCCACGGUGUGCUACGCAGCAGGGUGCAGCAGGCACGGUGACUUGCGCGUGAUUUACUUUGUAGUGAUACGGAUUUGCGCAGAAUCUACCGCACGCUCUUUUCUCCACUUCACAUCUGGACGCCAUGUCAAGACACAGUCAAGAAAACCAGAGGCGGAGGGAGGGCGUAGGCAGCUGACACGGCCGGGCCCGCACCUAGGCGUGCCACCACACCCCCUGGUCCACAACAUACACUUGACUAGGAUUUUUCACCAACAACAACAUCCCAACAGUGGUCAGGAUGACGGGGAUGACUGGGCAGCCAUGCCCACCACCUGUAUACCCAGCGGAAGCGCAUCUACCGGCAGGGAACCAGGUGUCAGGGGACUGCCAGCGCAUACCAGGCUGUGAGGGCCAUGGUUUGCUGAUACUGAUACAGCACACGCUUUCAGAACUGAGUAAUUAAUUGCUAACGUACAUGUUUGUGCCACGCACUAGGCAGGGUAUUUUACACGCUUUCGAAAUAUCAUGUCGCGCUUAUAAUCAGGGUUUGGAAGGCUGGGAAAUGGUUCAAUAGUGUGAUCCCACUUAGGAGUGAGGAUCAGAUGACAAUGGACCCUUUAUGUCUACUUUUUUGUACGUUACAUUUGCCUGGACUUUGUUUUGCCCUUCAUACCCGGUUAGGGGAGGGGGAGAGUGCCAGAUGUCAUAUGCGCCUCCAAGAAAGUCUAAGGUAAAAAACCUAGAAAGUCUAAGGUAAAAAACCUUAUUCCAGACCCUAUUAUCACACUCCGCCCUUAACAUCCGCGCUACACUAAGAAAACUGCAGCCACGAUGGAGUGUUCACUUCCUGAGGAUGGAGGAUGGGCAACUAUCCAAAGUAUUCUUCUAUGGAGAUGUCACCGGGAGCCUUCACCGACAAGAAGGUCCAACCCGGCGCUACAGGGAAAUGUUUAAGAAUUACUUGAGGUGGUUAAAAAUCAACUCGAAGACUUAGAAAGACUAUGAAGAAUCGUCCAGCAAAGAGAAAAGCAGUGAAGAUUGUAGCAGAUGUUUAAGAAACCAACCGGAUCGCCACUGCCAAAGACAAAAGAAUAGCUCAGAAAUCUCACGAGCCCCUGUCUUGUAAUGCUAACAUCUAACACCUCCCAACAUAUCUAUAUUGUCAUCGAACAUUCCGCUCGCGGAUUGGCCUAGUCUGACAAUGCAACAACCCGCCAACCCCAACUGCUGCCUCCCCCGCCACCUCUGCUCCGAGCCGCACGGCCUCGUCGACGGCGACCAUCCUCCCAAUCAAUAAUCUCGAUCCCAGUUCCCCGCCGUCGUCGAUCACCACCAUUUCCACCACAACCUUCGCUGCGACGACGACGACCACAACUACGCCGCCACCGGUCGAAACACUCCCGACGUCUCGUCAGCCAACCACCCUCACCACAACCACUCCACCUCCAGCGAUUUGGACUCGGUUCCAGCUUGUCUUUACUGCAAUCGCAUAUUUACCUCACGCGCAGUCCCGGUUGGUCUCUUGUGGAUUAAUCGCACUGCGAUCGGCGCACCACUGCCAAGACCCCCUACACACCGCAUCCGCCCUCGCUUUCCACACUUUCGCCGCAUGGGCCUAUUCGGUCACAUGUCUAUCCACAACGGCGGAAUUCACCGCACGAUUGAUGCGCCUUGCAUAUUGGCCAACCCUCCCAUCCCCAGCCAAAUCAUCUACCCAUCCAUUAGCGCUACCACCACUAUCAGAGCAACAGCGACUGUUCGCCGUGUGCCUGCGCGUGAGUUAGUUUAAAACGACGGUAGGCUUGCACAGCAUACCCGCACUCUCCUCUUCCCCCAAUUGUAUCCGGUUUUAAGUCAGAGUCAAGAAGUCCCGGAGAUAGUGCAGGUGACUGGCACUUAGGUCCCUACCACCACACACCCUGGUCUACAACGUACACGGACUAGGAUCUCACCCAAGAUAAAAGGUGGGGGGCGCGGGAUGGAUCUCAAUUGGCGCGGCGUGCGCUUACAAAUAGGCUUUUGGCCAUGCCCUCAGUGUUGGCAGUUGUUGCUGAUGCACACUUUCCGUAGCGUCUGCCGAUCUUCAAUCUUGCCUUUGUGUUAGUUCAGCGCAUCUGCCGCGUUGCCCUCUUUGGGUGCACAUGCGCCCUCUGGAACACCAUUCCGAAGCAAGCAUGCAGUCCACUCUGGCAUCACCGAUAUGGCGGCUGGUCGCCACAUGCCAAAAGGUUAUCACAUCUCAAGCAAGUGAGAAGCAUAUCCCUCUGCAGAGCCUGGUGUGGACCGGAUCGUGUCUGGCACGCGUAGACUAACCGUCUGGCUUUGUCAGCUACUGCGUCCCUGUCCUCCUGACACUGUCGCGCCAUCUCGUCGGAGUAGGUGAGAGGGGGGGAGGGUGCGCAAGUCUGUUUUACUGUGAAAAGGUCACGUACAAUUCAGUGCCCCAUACUCAUCGCGCGAUAGUUGUGGACAUCGUGGCUUGCAGCAGGCAAACCAUAUUAGGUUAAAAUGAAACGGGCAAGCCUAGAAGCAUUGGCUUUGCUCUAAAUACAGCCAGUCUCGUGAAUCGUCAUCGUGGACUACAGUUCACAGUGCGGUCUUUCCACGGUUGUCGACCUCUGGAAGAGGACGUCAUCUGACGGUACUGUUCCCUUCAGAAAAUAUAGGUGUUUGUCUGUAGUCACUUUUAACUUUUGCGUUUUUGUAAUUUUUCACUUUUGAGUCGGCAAAAACAAGUACGGGGAAGCGGACGGCGACCUUAACCCUAACCCUAACCUCAACCUUAACCGUUAACCCUAACGGCAACCCUGACCCUAACCGAAAUCGUAAAUGUAACCGUAGUCCUUAGACAUAGCCGUAACUGAAAAACUUACUCAUAAUACUGGAACCUAAUCGUACGCUCAAACCUUAACUACAACCCGAAAACCUAAGCCUAAAAGCGUAACACUAACCCGAAAAUCGGAAACCAUUAACCGGUACCCUAAGCCUAACCUUAAAGGUAAAAGGGAAGCCAAAUGAGUCAGAUGUGAUUAUGAAACCCCACAAAAUAGCCCCAGUAAGCGAACCCCCCCGUCACCUGUAAGGCGGGGGCUGGCUACCAACUGCGAUCUAGCCCAAGUACGGAUGCUGCAAGAUCCUUUUACUCUGCCGUAUUCGAUGGUUUACGGCGAGAGAACGUGAACAGAGACAAAGAAGUAACUCAACCAUGGAGAGUUUGGGAUCUCACUCACUUUAAUUUCUAGGUUGUUUCCACUUAACGCAUAGUAUCAUGACCCUUGUAAGUUUGACAAAACCAAAAUGCCCGUUUCCUUCUGGGUUCGUCCCCUUAAAGUCGUCCUCGCUUUCGACGUGAAGCUGAAAAAAUUUUGCUCUUAUUACCUUUGUGCACCUUGCUUUCCUUUUAGGCAAUGGGAAGCUGAACAGACCAAACAGAAGCCCAGUCUCGUACGUGCUGUUGCGCGCACCUUUCGACGUGACCUCCUUGUCCUGACGUUGAUCUACUUCCUCCAGGUGCGAUUCGCCGGCCAAAAAUCUCUGUCGGCUAAGUUAUGGAAAGAGUUUUUAUGUUUUUACCGACAAAGACAAGGGAGACUGGAAUGGCCAUUUCUGGCUUAUUGGCUGUCUUCAGCCAGUCAUACCCAACCCCGAAGUGUGGGACACCUGGAGCUCGAUCCCGUGGCCUGCUAGUUAGAAGUCCAACGCCUCUAACCACUGGGCCACAGGCUCGUUGUCCUGCCGGUUUUGAUGGGGAAUAUACAAUGGUAGCGGGACGCCCACCGAUCAUGCACCGCUGUGUGGCUGCUAGUUGGGCCCGAGAGAGAUCCUGUAAGGCCCAACGGGACGAGUGAGUUCCGUAAGAACGAUCGGUGAGCACCCCUCUACCAAACAGCUUUCAGUUUCACUCAUUAAAGAAUGUGUGCACCCAGAGUACGUACUACUUGUUUUGCCCACAAAAUCUUUUUAACUUUCUGAAUAGGUUUAUUACUGUAGCACCUACUGGGCACUGUCAGUCUCCUUUGAACACAGGGAAAAAACCUGAACCAAACCCAUCCAUUUCAGCCGCACUUUGACUUCACUUGUUUUGAAUUUCUGCUUUUUAAGUAGAGCGCGGAUGGAAAAUACGUUUUAAGUUGAAAAAAUUCGAGUUCCAAGGCAAAAUAAUAGCAAGAGUUGCCUGAAAACUUCCACUUUUCAUAGCAGCAGUCUUCUGGCCUUUGCCUCUGUUCAUUUCGUUUCUUGCAGCAGCCGCUGCUGCAGCGAUCUGUCCGAGCCUAUCACAGGACUUUGUGUAAAUGGCGAGGAGAGUGCUGUUUUAUGUACUCCGCCGGUGCAUUUUAGUUGUUCUAGGCUGAUGUCAGACUACGCCGGUCUUAAAAUAGGUCAUGACCCGUGUAGUUCAUUAUUAACUAGACCGCGAACUUUUUGGUGUUUGCAAAGUCCUCUACAAAAGCACACGAGGACCACCAAAACAGACCUAGUGGACCCAGAGAUUGAUUUUCCCAAACCGGAAAUGAUCGCCUCGGUAUUCAAAGGUGUUUGCGCAGUUGCGACAUUGGGCCAUUGGGUUAAUAGAUUACUUCUCCAAUUUCUGAUCCGAGGCUCCUGUCAGGCAGGUGAAGUAUAACUGAACCAGUACAUGGGAUUCGCUCAGUGGGUGAAAAUUUUUUUUUCGGUUACGUUGGAAUUCCUGAACUCUGCGUGAGCCUUCCAAUUGACUGAACGACCAAGCUGAACUUGAGCGUGUCUAGCCUUGCAGCCUGACUGUCGAGCCAGCCGUUUCAAACUUUGCGUAGGAAUCUUCCGCCAAUUGAUGGUCAUGCGGAGCCACCAUUCAGUGGGUGAUUACCUUCUGACGUGAAACUGGAUGAAUUGUACGUGAUUACUGUUGUCACAAGUAAAGUCAUGUUAGCUGAGCAGGUCAAUCCACUCUGGACCAUGAAACCUCCCUCCGCUCAGUGUCACUUUUCUCCAUUCGAGAUGACAGGAGACCCAUUCUGAAGACUGAAAAUGUAAACAGUUGCCUCCCGUCUAUUCAGAUAUUUGCGCCUGACGUACUAAAACCUGCACUAAUAGUACCCGGGAUGCGCGUGACCAAUAGCUCAUGCAGUUUUCUGUUUUCGUUGAAGUAGAAGCAAAAUUGUAAACAAAUUUAGGCGUUAUUUUGGUAACAAUAACAAUGAUCGCCGGGUGCUUUUUCAAGAUAUUUUAGCCGCACAUUCCCCUCUGAGUUUGAGAUGUUGGCGUCCGUCAUUCUGUCAUCGUUAACAUUGUUUUUUAACUGUUUUGUGUAAUGAGUUUCGAAAUGUAUAAUUUCCCCUUCGUGCACGUUUUGUGACAAUAACGGAAUAAUGCUCAAUCAUACUUUAGAUUUGUAUCGGAGAUUUGGAAACGCCAUCUGUAUUCCAGUUUAUGCAGCCUGUUGACCUCUCGGAAGUUUUCUGGUUUUGCUGAAGUUACUCUUAUUAUGGGUCUCGGGGAUAGUAUGAGGUUUAGAACCCUCUGAAGCAGUUAAGAUUGGUAGGACUGAUUCUCCGCUGUCAGAGAAUGUGCAGUUUAAGUGCGCGAUGACAUAAAGACCCGGUUAUUUUCUCCAUACUAAUCAGUGGUUUGUUGCACGUUCUUUUCACCUCCAACCUGGCUUCCCCCGUGUGAAGUUAUUGGGCGGUAUAUUGGAUAUGACGAAACUUGCCAGGGUAACUGUACACCACCAAGUCAAAAGUUAUUAAGCGUCCCGAGAGAAGGAUCCCUCAGGCGUUCAAACUCUUCAUCCCACUCGUUCACCCCUGUCUUACCUGGCUAAAUACAGGGCACAGUUUGCGUUUAUAAUCUGGUCUUUUAUGCUCAGAAUCCGGCCUACUUGGAGGAAAAGUUGCAGCACAAGUCUCCAGUGUAUUUGUUGUCGUCCUUUUUGCUGUCUUCCAGACCGCCUGCCUUACCUACAGACCUAUCGUAAUGCGCGAUCUGCUCCGCGCCCUCUUCCUCAUCAAGGAGUCCUCGCAGAUCAUGCCCGCCUGCCUUCUCACCGCGGCCCUUCUCGGUUUAACACUUUGCUCGACGGCCCUGAAAAACGCCAGCUUCUGGAACGCCUUAUGCGGUGGUAUGCGCCUCCGACUCUCCAUGUCAGGCCUCAUCUUUAAUAAGGUACGCAGUUAGCACAAGAAACCCAAGAGAAUGACAUCCGCUUUAUUCAUCUUUUGUCUUGCCCUCGGGUGUAGUGCAGACUGCAGUGUUCGACAGGCCUGAUAACCGCGGUCGUCUAGACUGUAGUGUGGAACUCUAGACUCACUGGAAUUUCUCCCACCACCCUUUGAAAAGAUGCCAUGUUUACCGAAUGCUAACGCUUUUAAAGCACUGCGUACGUUUCAGAAUGCAAAACUCGUUUUUGGUAGCCAGGCCUGUCGAAACAAACGAAAAUGUUAAUUUAAGGAGCAAUUGACAGGAAGGGGACGGGGUGGUCGGCACAAGAAUUUCCGCCCUAGAUUUUGGAUGCGCACUGUAACCAGCAUCAGCAUCAUCAGAGGCACGGAGGUUGCAGUAUUUAUAUGAUGCAGUUGCCGUGCCGACACAUACCUACCGAAAUUGGCGGCUCUCGAAUUUAUCGCAUUUGGUUGUAGUUAGUACGACGAUGACUUCAUUGUCCUCAGCGUUGUUCUUCCCUUUUACCGUCUCCACAUUUCGUUCAGUGCAUUUUCCACAUUAUAAAUUACAGGAGUAAGUAGACCAUGGACUCCUUAAAUCCACCCCUGGUCCAUCAAGUAAUUUCUCUAUUUCCCUUUUUCAGAUGCUCACAUUGAAUCAGAAAGCCAUGGCUACUGCGUCGCUCGGUAACAUAAUUACCCUCGUCUCCGUGGAUGUUCAGAAACUAGAGGCGGUAAGUUAA